CCAACCACGUGACCCUCACUGUCAUGGCGGCCUCCUCGUGGGUCAUGCGUGCUUGUCAACACUUGUAAUAUCCAAAUUAUUUCAACAUCAAGAAACCACUUGGUACUACGUAGUAAAAAUGAAGUCCAAGAAGAUGAAGCCACAAGGCAGGCGCAUAAACUCAGCCAAACGGAGCAUCCAGGUGAAGGGAAAAUGGAAAUCUAUCGAACUGGACCCGAGUCUCUUUUCCGAGGAGGGAAUGGAGGGGCUGGUUUGCUUCGAAGAGCUGACAAACUAUCGCCUGGUCGACUCCGAGAAAGCAGCAGCCAAAGCGGCCAAAGAGCUGGAGAAGGAGAAGAAAAAAGCUCAAAAGAGAAAAACUAGCGACGUGGAGGAGACUGGAGAUGGAGAGGAGACUGAAGCAUCUGGAGAGACCUCUGAAACCCCCAAGAAAAAAGCCAAAAAGAAGAAAAAGAAGAUAAAGAAAAACAAGGAUGAGUCUACAGAAGUUGUUGCUCAGACAGAAGAUCAAGAAGAGGCGAAAUCAGAAUCUAUUGAUGAUUCUUUGGAAAGUUCUCAACAGGAUUCUGAACCAAAACCAACUAAGAAGAACAAAAAGAAGUUGAAGAAACCUAACCUAGAAUCUCCUAUUGAAUCAACAACAGAGGAACAACCAGAGCAGGAGCCAACUUCAGAAGACCAGCCUGUACAGUCAGAAGAAGUUCCUAAAAUAAAGCCCCCAAAACCUCCCAAACUGCAGAUAAAGAAUUGGACCAGUGCGGCUCUGUCUGGUUGUGAGGACACCAGCUCGGACAUGAGUGCGUGGAAGGAGCUGUACGUGCCUGCUCCUGUGCUGAAGGCCCUGAGCAGCCUGGGCUUCAGUUCACCCACGCCCAUCCAAGCCCUGGCACUGCCCUCAGCUAUAAGAGACCGCAUGGAUAUACUGGGAGCUGCAGAGACAGGUAGCGGUAAGACCCUGGCCUUUGCUAUCCCCAUGAUCCACACCAUCCUGGAGUGGAGAGAAAACAAGGACGGUUCAAACGCUAAAGGUGACACCAAAAAAGUAGAGAGUUUAUAUCUACCAGAUGAGCCUGGAGAUACUGAUCAACAAGCAGAUGAUGGACAAGACCAGGAGGAGAACGAGGAGAAUGAGGAAGACGAGGAGGAGGUGGUGGAAGAGGAGGACGAGGAGGAGGAGGAGGAAAGUGCAGAUGUGGAUGACAGCGAUGCAGAGGAAGUCAGUGGUGUUUUGAAUGAAGGCGAUAGUGAUGAGGAUGGAGCAGAUGAUAUCAAGCUUGGAUGUGUUCAAGUGGGUGAAAAGGCACAGUUUCACCCUGCUCCCCAAGAGGAAAACCAGGAGGACGAGAGUCAAAAUCAGCCUCUGCUCGGAUUAGUCCUCACUCCCACCAGAGAGCUCGCGGUUCAAGUCAAACACCACAUAGACGCUGUGGCUAAGUUUACAAAUAUCAAUACAGCCAUAGUAGUGGGCGGGAUGUCUCAGCACAAGCAGAGGAGGUUGUUGAAGCGCAGGCCGGAGAUCGUCAUAGGGACUCCAGGGCGCCUGUGGGACCUGAUAAAGGAGAGAGAGCCACACCUGCAAAACCUCAGACAGCUCCGGUGUCUGGUGAUUGAUGAAGCGGACCGCAUGGUAGAGAGGGGGCACUUUGCUGAGCUGGAGAGCCUUCUGGAGAUGCUGCACACCACACACUUCAACCCCAAAAGACAAAUGUUCGUCUUCUCAGCCACGCUCACACUGUCUUACACUCUGCCCACACGCGUCUUGCAGAAGAAGAAGAGGCUGGAUCAACGCAGCAAACUGGAAAUCCUCAUGGAGAAAGUGGGCAUUAAAACCAAACCAAAAGUCAUCGAUCUGACCAGAAAAGAGGCCACUGUUGAGUCGCUAACCGAGACACAGAUCCACUGUCUGAAAGAGGACAAGGACUACUACCUCUAUUACUUUCUGCUGCAGCACCCAGGGCGUACCAUGGUGUUUGCAAACAGUAUAGACUGCAUCAAAAGGCUUAAAUCCAUUCUGACCAUCUUGGACUGCAUGUCCUUCUCCCUGCAUGCUAACAUGCAGCAGAAACAACGUUUGAAAAACCUGGAGAGAUUUGCUGACAGGGAAAGCUGUGUACUCCUGACUACUGAUGUGGCAGCAAGAGGACUAGACAUUCCUAAUGUGGAGCAUGUCAUUCACUACCAGGUUCCCAGGACAUCUGAAACCUAUGUCCAUCGCAGUGGCCGAACAGCCCGGGCAGCCAAAGAGGGCCUGUGUUUGUUGCUGAUUGGCCCUGAUGACAUGUUGAACUUCAAAAAGAUUUUCAGAACUCUUGGGAAGGAUGAAGACCUUCCUAUGUUUCCCAUAGAGAUGCAAUGCAUGCAAGCUAUCAGGGAGCGGGUAGAUUUGGCCAGAAGAAUAGAAAGUAUUGAGUUUCACAACAGCAGGGAGAAAAAGCACGACUCCUGGUUCAGACAAGCUGCAGAAGCUCUCGAGGUAGAUCUUGAUGAAGACCUUUUAAUUGGUAAAUCAAAUGACGAGCAUGCUGAUGUCCAGCAGCAGAGAAUGGUGAAAGGCAUGAAAAAGCACCUGAAGCAGUUGAUCUCUCAGCCUGUGUUCAAGAAUGUGAUGAAGACCAAGUAUCCCACUCAAAUGGGCAAACUGGCUCUGAAACAGAUCACUGUGCCAGGGACUCAAAGUGCACUAAGCAGAGUGUUAAUGCAAAAGAGUAAACAGAAAGUUAAAAAAGGUCUUUCACAAAAAAGAAACCGGAAACCAAAAAAAGAAAAGAAAAAGUAACAUUCUGUGUUCACUUUGUUAACAAAGUUUGUUAUUAUGUAAUUAUUUUAAUACUAAAAACUAUAAUACCUUGA